UAGCAGAGAUCAUCGAUCACAGCUUUCAAGUCAUCAUGGAUGACUCGGACAGCAUAGGCGCCUCCAGAACUGACGACAACGACUUCAGAGAUCUUGUUGAAGAAGUAUUCGACGAAUAUAUCGUCAACGAAAUACCAAUUCGUCUAAUUCAUAUCAGCAACGAUGGCCAGGGGCUGAAUUUCAAACUCGUGGACAGGAAUUUCGUCAAGGAGCACUUCAAAUCAGUCCCUGACGAGAUUUAUAGAGAAUUUUGCAACGAAAGGCUCGUAGACAGGGAGGGCCGUAUCAGAGAGCGGAUGAAAGAGACAUUCAAAUAUGCUAUCUUCUCCCAUCGGUGGCUGUUCAGCGAGCCUUCGUAUCAAGAUAUGCCGACGGAGCCAAUGAAAGUCCAGGCUGAGCUCGAGCCUAAGUGGAAGAAGCUUCAAGAAUUUUGUCGUAAAGCGAAGGUUGACCAUGGUUGCGAAUUUGCCUGGUCAGACACGUGCUGCAUAGACAAAACAAGGAGCGCGGAGUUGGACGAAUCCAUCCGCUCCAUGUUUCGCUGGUACAGGAAUUCCCACAUAUGCAUCGUACACCUGUCGGGGACGGAAGACCUUGCAGCUCUUGAAAGGCAGCAGAGGGGUGGAACAAAGAUCGAUGUUUGGUUCACAAGAGGAUGGACACUCCAAGAGCUCCUUGCUCCAUCGCAAAUCAAGUUUUACGGAACGAACUGGCAGCCCCUCGUACCGCUCUACGACUCCAAGAGCGACAGAGUCAGCGAUACCAUCAUGCGAAAGAUAGAGAAAAUCACAAACAUUCCUCUCAGAGAUCUUAAAUCGUUCAGUCCUGGCACAAAUCGAGUGCCGGAAAAGAUGUUGUGGGCAUCGAAGAGGAGAACGACCCGCGUCGAAGAUAUUGCAUAUUGCCUCAUUGGAAUAUUCGAUGUCAGCCUCAUGAUCGCGUACGGGGAGGGGAACAGGGCCUUCUUCCGUCUGAUGGAGGAGAUAAUGAAGAGAUACGACAAAUGGGACGUGUUCCUCUGGAGUGGCAAAUGCUCCCACUACAACGCAGCACUUCCUCACGAUCCACGCUGUUAUCCUGUGGGAUAUCAGGAAACGCUUGUAAAGCGCCGACACGAAGCAGACAAUGAGGAGGAAUGGAAUACAGCAAACUACGGCAUUGGGGAUAGGCUUUUUGCCUUGACUAACCAUGGCCUCCGAAUCAAGGUGCUCUGUCUGUCUGUCGAUCUACAACAGACAAGAGACGAGCCGCAUAAUUCGAGAUACCUUACCUUCAGGCAUCCGGAGUUCAUUCAUGAUGUGGUGGUGAGGCAUAUUGGCGCAAAGCGUGAACCUCAUACCACCUGGGCAAUAGCUGUCCUGGACUACUGGGCUAACAGCAGUGGGAGUGGUUUCAUCGACAGGGUUAGAAGAGAACCAUUUACCGCGUUUCUUUUGUCCAUGGAUAAAUCACAUGCACCAGAUGCGAGGUGGAGGAAGGAGAUGACAGAGGAGGUUAUUAGAAUUCGACCAGCCAACCACUAUGAGAACCCUUUGGUCGAGUUGUACCUUUAA